UCCACCUGUAUUACUCUCAUCAGACAUAAAGCUGAAGACACACUGCGUUGUUCUCAGUCCACAAGAAGUUACCAUAAUUUUCGUAUCAUGUCUAGUACGGAGCCUGGUGUAGGAACAACAACACUGCCCCUGGAAGCACGAAUUGUUCGUUAUGACCAAUGUUUUGAUCCACGAUUUUCAGCAAUCGUCUACAACAGGACGAACACAAACAAACAGUCAAAGCACCUCAAGAGACUGGAUCAAAAGAAACCAGUCCUCGUCAUCCGACGAGUCAUAGACAUCAAGGGUCGACACGCAAAGACUGAAAUUGACAUCCGAAGUCAAGAACUUUGCGAGGUGCUCAUGGAGAUACACCGAGGUGUGGAGGGUUUAGAUCUCUUGCGAAGUUCCCCUGUCUGUGAUCAGAAGCUGCUUUUUUUCUCUUUCAAUGAGCUCAAGGAACGACUAGAAUUGGAAAGGUCGAAAGGAACCCUCAACACUUCGCUAAUAUCUGAAAUCGAAGUAACCCUUCACUUUACUUGGGAGGAAUACCAAACUACCUUCGCCGACUUUCAGUCAUUGACAAGACACGAGUCCAUCACCUUCGAUUUACUUUGGACAUUAUUUCGUCAUGGCACCCUAGUCUUUAGUCACCACGAGUUCACCGAGCAGGAUCACAUUCUCCGAGCUACGCGCUUUGAGAUCAUGAAAACAAAUGAAGGAAUCUUCGCUGCAAUCCAUUGUCAUGUGAUCACUGACGAUGGGAAGCAUUUUGGAAUUGCUAACCAAAGGCUUCUGAUUCCGUCUUUCGAAGGAGAGCGAAAGAUACAAAGCCUGUCUGUUUUUCCUCUCCUCUAUCACUCAAAUGGACGCAACAUUCGCGAAUUUGCUGCCAAACGAGGUCGGAUAUUUGCAAGCUUGCAAUGCCAGACUUAUGGUGAGAUUUCCGGGAUGGCUGCCUGUGUCGACCACCAUCCCAUGGACGAUCAUAAGAACCUUCGAAAGUGCAGGGCGUAUGGGCACGUUAUGAUCGAUCCUUGGGCAUUUCGUAUGUUUCAACCUAACUCUAGUCUCAAUCCCCCGGUUUCCACCCCAUUGAAGCGAGCGGAACUCGAGGAAGAGCAAUACAUAAUCUGCACCCCUGUUAUCAUAGGCUUUUGCUUCGAAACAAAGCAGUGGGGUGGAUUCGCUCUUGACUGCCUGCGGGACGUGUCCUGGUCAUCGGAGCCUUUCAAUCGUCUGGUCCUGGACGACGGACGGAAGGAGUUGAUCCAUGCAUUAGUGGAGCAGCACGCAUCGCGUGCGUCAACCUUCGAUGACUUCGUGCGGGGAAAAGGAAAAGGUCUUGUCGGAUUGCUUGCAGGUCCACCUGGAUGUGGUAAGACACUUACAGCGGAAGCAGCAGCAGAGGUGACAAAGCGUCCCUUGUAUUGUAUUUCAGCGGGCGAAUUAGGAUCCAGCCCUGAGAGCGUAGACAACGCUUUGGCUCAGAUUCUGGCACUCGCCCAGCGGUGGAAGGCAGUCGUUCUUCUCGACGAGGCAGACGCUUUUCUGUCACAAAGGAGGGAGACUGAUGUGGAGCGGAAUGCCCUGGUAUCUAUUUUUCUACGGCAGCUGGAAUACUAUCAGGGAAUCAUGUUUUUGACGACCAACUUGGUCUCACAGUGUGAUGCUGCAUUCGAGAGCCGAAUCCACUUCACAGUACAGUACCCACCGCUGUGUCAAACCUCACGGAGACAGAUCUGGAAGACGUUCAUCAAGAAGGCAUCGGAUGCCCAUCGGUGCUUGAUCAGCGAGGCUGAAAUUGAUGCUUUGGCCCUGGAAACGCUCAAUGGCCGUCAGAUCAAGAACACUGUGGCAACUGCUCUCUCUCUCGUAUUACAUUCGAAAUCGACGCUUUACGUGAAACACAUCCGCACAGUGCUUGAUUCCAUGCAGGAUUGGAACAAAGCUCGGGAACACCACAGCUCUCAUCCGCAAGUCGGUGUUCCGGCUGGCACACGAUAUACAACACCUUACAGUAAGUUUGUCUUCGUUGUAUUCUGUGGGGAUUUUCGGGCCAUACAGGAUAUUUGCGAACAGUGCUAAUCAGAUUCAGUCUCAGUUGCGCACAUCUCAAUUGCCAUUCUUGUAUAUCUCUUCUUCAAGUUGCUUCAAG